CCCCUCUUCCCCCUUCUUCACCACACGCACUACAAUUCACCCACGCCUUAACUCGCUGGCGACUCAGUUCCUGGCGACUCGCUUUGACAAAUUCUUUUAAAUUUCUCCUCUUUUUAUCUUUCGAAGUUGGAAGAGCGAUGGGGUCGGAGCUGAUAUACAGAGGCCAUGAGGCUCCUUCUGCUUCGGAUUCGUAUUCGCCCAAACCUGUUAAACCAUGGGCCUCCGUCACCCGCCCGAUUCGUUACAUGCUCCGAGAACAGCGCCUCCUUUUCGUCCUUGUCGGCAUUGCGAUAGCCACUCUGAUUUUCACCAUCUUCCCAUCCUCACGUGCUCCGCACUUUCCCCACCACCACUUGACCACCGCGAUCGCGGAUUCCAUUACCUACUUUCCCAUCGAGACCCAGACCAAGUACUCCUACCCGCACCCCCUGGGGUUUGGUUCAGACAACCCGACCGGUAAGAUCCCGUUGGGGCUAAAGCGGAAGGGUUUGAGAAUCGUUGUAACGGGUGGAGCCGGGUUCGUGGGGUCACACCUCGUGGACCGUCUUAUAGCGAGAGGAGACAGCGUGAUCGUCGUCGAUAACUUCUUCACCGGAAGGAAAGAGAAUGUCAUGCAUCAUUUCGGGAACCCCAACUUCGAGCUUAUCCGACACGACGUGGUCGAACCUUUGCUCUUGGAAGUUGACCAGAUCUAUCAUCUCGCUUGCCCCGCUUCUCCAGUUCAUUACAAAUUCAACCCCGUCAAAACUAUCAAGACGAAUGUGGUCGGGACAUUGAACAUGUUAGGGCUGGCGAAAAGAGUAGGUGCCAGGUUCUUAUUGACCAGUACCAGCGAAGUGUACGGAGAUCCUCUGCAACACCCUCAGAAGGAAACUUACUGGGGCAACGUUAAUCCCAUCGGUGUCCGAAGCUGUUACGAUGAGGGAAAGCGUACUGCUGAAACAUUGACCAUGGACUAUCACAGAGGAGCUGGAGUUGAGGUUAGGAUUGCCAGAAUUUUCAAUACUUAUGGACCUCGAAUGUGUAUCGAUGAUGGUCGUGUCGUUAGCAAUUUUGUUGCUCAGGCUUUAAGGAAGGAGCCUUUGACUGUGUAUGGUGAUGGGAAGCAAACAAGGAGUUUCCAAUAUGUUUCAGAUCUGGUGGAGGGUCUCAUGCGCUUGAUGGAAGGAGAACAUGUUGGGCCUUUUAAUCUUGGUAAUCCAGGUGAAUUCACCAUGCUCGAGCUUGCUGAGGUGGUCCAAGAAACAAUUGACCCGAAUGCAAAGAUAGAGUUCAGACCCAACACAGAAGAUGACCCACACAAGAGGAAGCCUGAUAUCUCAAGAGCCAAAGAGCUACUUGGUUGGGAACCCAAGGUAUCCCUCCGAAAGGGUCUCCCUCUAAUGGUGUCAGACUUCCGGCAACGUAUCUUUGGUGAUCACAAGGAGGGCAGCAGCACCAACAAUGCAUCAUCAUCUUAAGGUGGCAUACAUUCUCACAGAAAGAUCAAUCAAAUAUAUUUGUUCAGCGGAAAAGAAAUCCCACUCAUUUCCCCAUUGAAACAAUAUAUAGUUAGCAGCAGCGGCAGCGGCAGCAAAUGAAGUCUCUUUAGAACAGAUUUGGGAGGUUUCCCUUUUUGACAUGUGUUUGCCAUCUUUGUAAUUUCCAUGUUUAUCCCUUUUAAGCUUAAUUGACAGUGAGAUUUGCAAAUCUAAAAAUUACAUUUUACCCUAUUUUUUCAAUGCAGCUGCUUAUGUUCGGCAGCCAAUCAUUCUAUUCUUUGCUUAUAUUAAUUUUGUCUCUUGCAACAAAUUGCUUCAGCCUUUUCGAUCAUUCCCUCGUUGGUUUCUUUCACUUUGACCUUUUUCUCAACGAUGGUGCGGCUGGUUCUACAAGACUUGACUCCUUUCCAUUUCCCGAGGGAUUCAAGAAAAAUUUUGGAAGAAUCUUAAUGUGACAGUGACACUAAGAAUGAAUGAAAAAAAGAUAAAAUGGAUCUUACAAGAACGAAGAAUCUUCUAAUAUGUUUCCAUGAAUUAAAGACAACUGAUAAAAUCUGCACAAAGACAUAAAUACGCAUCAAAGAUCACGUAGGAAGGUCCGACUUUGGGAAGGCUUUCGGA